CCUACAUAAUACUUGCUUUGCUUCUUGAUAUUGUUAUUAUUUUUUAAAUAGGUAAUUGUUUGGUUUACGGUUCAUAUAGAUAACGAAAUUAUUAACUGUUUAUUGUACGUUUUUCCAAAAUUUACAAUUUACGCUGUAUCGUAAAUUGUCUUAUGUUUUAAUGCUUCUUUUGAAGAGAAUGGAUACCACACCUGAAGUGUUAUCAUCAUUUUUCUGUAAUGAAGAUAAUGAUCCUAAAAGGAAGGAAAUAGCUGAUGAAUUUCUUGAACUCGUAGAUCAAUUAAAUAAUUCAUUAGAUCAUUUAUAUCUACCUGGAAAAAUUGAGUGUAUUUACAAUCCAACUAUAUAUGCUCGAUACACUUUUGAAAUGUACGUGAGAAAAUAUUGCAACACAAAAAAGCCUAUUAUGUACUUUGGAAUGAAUCCUGGACCUUGGGGCAUGUCACAAACUGGAGUCCCCUUUGGAGAAAUCAGCUCUGUUAGAGACUGGCUUGGCAUUGAGGGACCAGUUGGGAAGCCUUCAGUGGAACUUCCAAGCAGGCCUGUCUUAGGCUUCAACUGUACCAGAAACGAGGUGAGUGGGACCAGGCUUUGGGGCCUGCUGAAGCGGGUUUGUGGAAGUCCCGAUAACUUCUUCCGAACUAGUUUUAUCUACAACUAUUUGCCACAACAGUGGAUGAAAAACAAUGGGGCCAAUGUUACACCAGGCGAAUUUACUCAAGCUCAAAUGGCUCCCCUCUUCGACAUUUGUGAUCCCACAUUCAUAAAAGUUUUGCAACUGUACGAGGUGAAGCUGAUAAUUGCAAUCGGAAAGUUUUGUGAGACAAGAGCCCAAAAGGCUUUGAAAAAUUUUCUUCCCCAUAAUUCCAUACAGGUCUUGUAUCUACCACAUCCAAGCCCAAGGGCUGUAAAUAACACAGAUUGGGAUCAAAAAGCCUUUGAAAUUUUAAAGGCAUAUAACCUUCUGCAAUAUUACGCUCAUUAGGUGUUGCAGAAUAACAGUGGGACAAAAAAAAUUGUGCAAUAAACAAAAUGAUUCAUUUUAUGAGAAGAGCCCUUGAACUGGCCAAGGAAGCCAUGGCAGCUCAAGAAGUUCCUGUUGGAUGUGUGUUUACUAUCGAUGGGAGUAUUGUCGCAGAA